AUGGCAGCGAGCGCUGCGCGCCGAUGGGGCCUCGACCAACUAUCAGUCCGCGGCAAGGUAGCUCUCGUAACGGGCGCCUCGUCGGGAAUCGGCCACGAUCUCGCGCUCUUCCUCGUGGCACGUGGAUGCCACGUGGUCGCCGCAGCUCGGCGCGUGGACCGCUUGGAUCAGCUGUGCGCGGAGGCGGAAGAAUUGCGUCGAGAGGGCGAAGGGAUGUGCGGAGAGGGGGAUGAUCCGCGCAAAGAGAGAAGCUCUGAUUUAUCAAGCCCGGUGGAAGCUGGAGGACGGGAAUGGCGGGGCGCCUCGGGAAACGAGGCGGCUCAGGAACCAUCGGUGGGGAAUGUUGGGCGGCCAGAAUCGCGAUUCGUUGUGGGGAACGAGACCCCGGGGCGCAUGAGGGCAGUCGCGAUGGACGUGGCGGCGGACGAGGCGGCGGUAGAUGCGGCGGUGCAGGCGGCGUGGGACGCGUUCGGGCGGAUAGACGUGCUGGUGAACAACGCAGGGUUCCGAGGGAAAAAGGUUGACGCGAUCGACAUCAGCCAAUCAGAGUUCGACACGUCAUUCCACACCAACGUCCGAGGCGCGUGGCUCGUUUCCAAGGCUGUGGGGAUGGGGGAUGGAAGGGAAAAGAAAGGCCAAUCCCCCGGCGGUGCUGCCUACUCCUCCUCCAAAGCUGCUCUCAUGCGCCUCACUGUGGGGGUAGGGGGAAGGGAUCGGGUAGUGGCAGUCAGGAGAUGGGUAGUGGCUGGGGAAAGAAAGGCCAUUCUCCCCGGCGGUGCUGCGUACUCCUCCUCCAAGGCUGCUCUCAUGCGCCUCACUGUGGGUAUUCGAGGUGCCAUUCUCCCCGGCGGUGCUGCCUACUCCUCCAUAGCUGCUCUCAUCCGCGUCACUGUGAAGCUCUUAGACAAGCCGUGGAUGGAGCGGAACGCACAGGUGCUGGUGCCAAUGCAGAGGUGGGGUUCCAUCCACCCCGACCUCACAUCCCUGCUGCUUCUCCUCGCCUCAGAUGCAUCGGCAUACAUCACAGGGCAGUGCAUUGCCGUGGACGGGGGGCAUCACUUGAUGCGAGCUAGGUUGAAUCCCAAGCUGUGA